AAAAAAAGACUUCGAGCGUCCUCUAUUUCUUCCUAAACAGCAAGCCCUUGCUACCUUCUAUUUCUUCCUCUCGCCUCAGCAUGCGGCUCCACUGCGUCGACGCCUGCGGUAAUCUCAGCCUCCCCCGCUCCUUUCUACGGUUCCGCCUCCGCCCUCCUCUCCACCCUCCCCCUCUCCUCCCGCCAGCUAGGGUUUCCACUGCCCUCAGCGUCUCCUGCGGUCCCUCCGAUGGCCGGCAGCGCCCGCGGAGGGGGAGAGCGGAUGUGGUCCAGGCGAAGAAGAAGGAGAAUGUGUGGAGCGUCGACAACGAGCUCGCAGCGAGGGCCGCCGCGGAGGAGAAGGCGGGGGCGCUCAGGAGGAGGAGGAGGAAGGCAAGGAGGGUGAGGUCCGCUGGGAAGAGGGGACGCGAUUCUAGGGUUUUGGUCUCCGGCGCCAUGCUGAUAGAGAUCGAGACCGUUCUCCAGACUCAGGAACCUGUUAUCAAACCAGCAUGGGAUACCUUUGCCAGUAGUGUCAGUGGCAUAUGGAAGGGUGUUGGAGCAGUGUUUUCACCAUUCACUGCUGAGAUUGAGCCGAUUGGAAUAGGACUUCAAAAUGAAAGUCUUUAUGACGCCUAUACUCUUUCCCGCAUCGAGAAGGUUCCGCUUGAGGGCCCUUGUUCUCAGAUCGUAAGAAAGUCGAAUUGGGUGCCUUUGAACCCUCUCGGAGAAACACACCAACAUGUCAUAGGAGCUGAAAGAGAUCAUGAAAGAGACAGACACUCUGUCCCUGCUACUUAUGAUUUUCCGAGUUAUGAGUCCUUCAACUUUGAUAAGUGUGAAUUGUUGGAAGAAGAUGUAAUGGUCAUGGAGCCAGGUCUUGUAUUCUUUGAGGACGGAUCUUAUUCUAGAGGUCCAGUGGAGAUACCAGUUGGAGAAUAUGAUGAAUCUAAGUACUAUGUUUCUCCAACUUUUAAGUUUGAACAGUGUUUAGUGAAAGGAUGCCACAAGAGACUGCGUAUUGUGCACACUAUUGAAUUCAGUGAAGGGGGAUCCAAUACACAAAUAAUAAGGGUUGCUGUUUAUGAAGAACAGUGGGUCAGCCCAGUUAAUCUCAAUGAUGGGAACGAUGUGCAGUUCGACUUAAAACCUGUCUCGCAAAGAAAACGAACCCAACCAUCAGAACUGACAGGUUCUUGGAAGGUAUUCGAAGUGAGUGCCACACCAAUUUAUAAUGAGGAAUCAGCAGCUGAAGAAAGUGGGCUGCCUUACGUGUAUUUGUGCACAGAGACCAUAAAGAAGAGGAGCUUGCCAGAUAGCUCUGUUUACUUCGGCGAGGAAGAGAUGCUCGACAUGCAGGAUGUAACUGUCCUUUGGCUUCCAGGUGGUGUCACUGGGUAUGUUGAUGUGAACAAAGAGGGCAUCCUUUGUAUAGGUGUUGGGUGGUACUCAGAUGAAGGGAUCAACCUUGCGAUGGAGAGAGAUUAUGGGAUGGAUGGCAAGCUCAAGGAGGUCAGGUGGAAAUCUGAGGUUAAGAGAAGGUGGACGAAUCCACUUCAUGGGUAACUUUCUUUUAUUUUCUUCUUCUUUUUUUAAAAUCCUUUUUUGACCCUUUUUUAGAAGAAAAUCAAGCUCUUCGAGUAUCUUCUGGUUGUCUGUAUUCAUGUGUAUGAUAAAUGUCAAGUGAGACACCAAAAAAGAAGAAAAUGUUAUAAAACCAUGAUGAUGGAAGGUCCCCAUACACGCUGGAUUUGUAAAUGGCCAUUUUCGUGGAUUAUUGUUUUGCUUGCAUAAGGGCUGACUUCCGACCCAAGCAGAAUUAGUAAUUCUACCGGCACAGCAAUGGCCUUGUCUGGUUCCUAUGAAGUUGUUAGACCAUUAAUAUGGUUAUCUUUCCAUAGUGGUGGUCUAUAGAAAACA